GUGGGGUGAGGAGGAGGAGGAAGAAGAGGAGGAGGAGGAGGAGGAUUCGUCCCCCAUCACGCCUCAGAAGCCUCCCGCCGGCCCCAGCCUGGCACUUGUGGCGCCUCCUCCCAGGCCAGAGCAGGAGUUCAGUGACAGCACCAGCUCCGUAUUCUCCUGCGGGUCCAGCAGCUCCUCCAUGGGGUCUGGGAGCCCUGUGUUUCGAGGCUCCCUCUUUGGAGACACCCCCAGCGCCCAGGUAUGGUGGGGUGAGGAGGAGGAGGAAGAAGAGGAGGAGGAGGAGGAGGAUUCGUCCCCCAUCACGCCUCAGAAACCUCCCGCCAGCCCCAGCCUGGCACUUGUGGCGCCUCCUCCCAGCCCAGAGCAGGAGUUCAGUGACAGCACCAGCUCCGUAUUCUCCUGCGGGUCCAGCAGCUCCUCCGUGGGGUCUGGGAGCCCUGUGUUUCAAGGCUCCCUCUUUGGAGCCUCGCUCCAGGCCCUCCAGCCACCCGCUCCAGCCCUGCCUACUCCUCCUCGUGAUCUUCCCCGACAACGGCAAUUUCGACCACCCGGCUUCGACCUCCGGCGCAGAUAUGGACUCUGGCUCCGGAUGGGCCUGCACAUAGUCAACACCUGGCUGCAGUAGACAGGCCCCACCGUAAAUCAAACCCCAACCCUGCCCCAUGACCCCUUAGUCCCUCCCACCUGUCACCGGAAGUCCUGCCCCAUGGGGGUAUUACUUCGUGGUCAAGGCGGCCACAUGACUGGAAGCCAGGUGU